GAAGGGCAGUCAGGGUGUGUGUGGCCCCAGCUGCCCCUGGGCUCCAGCCCUUGGGCGGAAAUCUACAGCCACCAUGUAAGAGGAAGCUAGAGGCUGGAUGUGUGCUGGGAAUUUCCCUCUGGGCUUGUGGUCGCAUUUGAUCCUGUAGGACUUCCUUCUGAAUACUCACAUUAUUGGCCACCACAUGUGGUAGGUCAUGUUACCAAGUCUUUAGCAAAUGUGAUUUCUCCUGGGGUGGGAAGAAUCCUGGCCCGUAUUUAGUGGCUGUUCUGGGAGCCAGCCAAAUCCUGGGUAAUGGAAUUCCCCUGUGUGUUGGCCCCUCCUGUCAGGUGGAUGGGUGGGACACAGUUGAGCAAGGGUGUCUGUUGGAAAGGGCCCUACCCUAACCCUAUGCAGUCAAACAUAGGGGCUGCUUUUUCCUUCCCUUUUCCUCUCGGAGACGUGCCUCCCACAGCUCUUCAUCCUCCAGCUCCAUCUGGAUCAGUUGCCUUCUCAGUCUGUGGUACCCUGGGAAUUCCCUUCUCCUGACUCCCGAGUAGAAGGCCCUGCUCUCGGACCCUGUGUCUUCUUUUUCCUUGUUUACUGACUUGUUUUGUUGGAGCACAUCCUCCAGUAGCUUCCUGAGAAAGGUACUUAGGAAGUACAUCACAUGAGACCUUGCAUGUCUGGUUUUUGAUGCAACGAAUACCACCCGAGAACGGAGAGCGACCAUCUUUAAUUUUGGGGAACAGAAUGGCUACAAGACCUUUUUUGUGGAGUCCAUCUGUGUGGAUCCUGAGGUCAUAGCCGCUAACAUCGUGCAAGUGAAACUUGGCAGCCCCGAUUAUGUGAACCAUGAUAGUGAUAAGGCCACGGAGGAUUUCAUGAGGCGCAUUGAAUGCUAUGAGAAUUCAUAUGAGUCAUUGGAUGAGGACCUGGACAGGGAUCUGUCCUACAUCAAGAUCAUGGACGUGGGACAGAGCUACGUGGUGAACCGUGUGGCUGACCACAUCCAGAGCCGUAUUGUAUAUUACCUCAUGAACAUCCAUGUGACCCCCCGCUCCAUCUACCUCUGCCGACAUGGGGAGAGUGAGCUCAACCUCAAGGGCCGGAUUGGCGGGGACCCAGGACUGUCCCCUCGGGGCAGGGAGUUUGCCAAGAGUCUGGCCCAGUUCAUCAGUGAUCAGAACAUCAAGGACUUGAAGGUCUGGACGAGCCAGAUGAAGAGGACAAUCCAGACAGCUGAGGCCCUGGGUGUGCCUUAUGAACAGUGGAAGGUCCUCAACGAGAUUGAUGCGGGCGUCUGUGAGGAAAUGACUUACGAGGAAAUUCAGGAUCAUUAUCCACUGGAGUUUGCCCUGCGGGACCAGGACAAGUACCGGUACCGGUACCCCAAGGGGGAGUCUUACGAGGACCUGGUCCAGCGGCUCGAGCCUGUCAUCAUGGAGCUGGAGAGGCAAGAGAAUGUGCUGGUCAUCUGCCACCAGGCUGUGAUGCGCUGCCUCCUGGCCUACUUCCUGGAUAAGGCCGCAGAACAGCUGCCCUACCUCAAGUGUCCACUGCACACCGUCCUGAAGCUGACCCCUGUGGCUUACGGUUGUAAAGUGGAGUCGAUAUUCCUGAACGUGAUGGCUGUGAAUACGCACCGGGACAGGCCUCAGAAUGUAGAUAUCUCGAGGCCUCCAGAGGAAGCCCUCGUCACGGUCCCUGCUCACCAGUGACCAUGUCUCAUCCACUGCAACCCCCAGGCAGGUACUGAUCUCUGCAGAUGAGAUCAUUACAGGCCCCUGCUCCAUGUGACAGUUUCUAUGCUGGAUCAUCCUCAAUGCCACACCUGGUUGGUGGCACCCAGAGCCCCCGCACAGCCCACCUGCUUCCUUGUUAAUGGCGACAGGGUUAUACGUGGUGCCUGACCUGCUGCUAAGAAUCAUUUGGCCAGACUGCGUCUGCCCUGGGCUGGUGAGAGGUUUCCUAGCAACCCGGUCCUUCUGUUGCAGCUGUGAGGUGUCCUCUCACCGGUCGGUUGGCUUUGUGAAGUGUGAAACCCUAAACAUGUGAACAGAAAGCACUUGCUGUGAUGAUCCCACCAGGCCGAGCUGUCUAAAGUGGACCGGGGACCCCUGCAGGGGCUCCGCCGUCUCCUCUGUGGCCACUUCCUGAGCCUGAGGCAAGGUCUUCAUGGCAGCCUGAGCUCCACUGCCUUGGGUGAGAAAGAGCCCUUCCCAUCCUGCCCUGCCAGGACCCGUAGAGCCACCAAGGCAGGUACCUCCACUGGCUAGGCCACUUGUAUGAGCAGUGUGCUCACUUCACCACGACAUGAUGUACAGAACACGCAGGGAACACAGCCUUUGUGGUCACCGCUUCUCAACUGCGCACACACUGGAACAUUGGCGAGAGCUGAUGGCCAAGGCCACCCCUGCCCACCUGCUGCACAGGGAAAGCACGUAAAGACAGGGUGGUUGUGUGAGUUCUUCCCAGUGUACACCCAGGUGCUUGAGGGAGGGGCUGCUGUCCCCCUUCCCUCCUGGCCCUGCCUGCUAGGCUACCUCUUGCCUGUUGCCGCCUGUGUCCACACAGGAGUGUACCCCGGUGGCCGAGACGUGCAUUUGCUGUGAACGAUUCAGAGAAAAAUAAGACUGUCCUGGCAUUCAUUGACCUCUGCCCGUGGGACUGAGCCGGGGAAAGGGCGGGCUCCUGAGGUACCCGUCCAGGGGAGGAUUUUCUCAGCCAUAUCGUAGCUUUUGAUUCACGUGUAUGGGAGCCUGGCAGAAAACGAUCUCAGAAGGCUACCAUCUGUCACGCCCCUGAGUUCUUUUGAGCCCAGAGAGGCAGGCUGGGCAGUGGGUUUGGGCUCCAUUUUAUAGCUGAGCAGGAGACCUGUCCAGCAAGUCGCAAGCCUGGGUGAGAAGGUGUCUGGACCUGUAGUCGGACGCCCCACCGUCCACAGGACCCAGGAUCCCAAGCCCACCUUGUACCCGGAACCUUCCUUGGCAGAACAACCCACCUUUCCCAGCCUUCCAGGGCUUUGCAGCCUGCAGGUGCCACCUGUCCCUGAGGGAAGUUCAUGUCCCUGCCCCAGCUGGCGGUCUGUCAGCCUUGGGUGCUGCAGUGGCUGUGGACAGACACGGUGGAGGGCUGGGGCAGGAUCUUCUGGACUUACCUCCUGCCAGAGCCCCAAGCCCUAGACUCAGGACCAGGGGACCAUGCCACUGCCUUUGGGACAUGAGGACCACAGCCUUUGUUUCUGUGUCCCCAGAGUCUUGGGUGACUCGGUCACUUGGACACACUCACUUUUUGGCCAUAGUGGUACUCUUUUGUUGGUGGCACCUACGUCUGGAUGUCCCCACUUCGCCAGGACCUCGAACUGGCUGAGGCAUGACCAGCGAGGCCUUUUCUCUGUGCCCAGAGGGCAGUCAGGAGCUGACAAGGCCUGGGAUAAGGCAGAAGGAAGCCUGGGGGCAUGGUGUGGGUUGGGGCCUUUCCUCUCUGCCUGUGCCCUGGAGUGGUCUCUGCAUGGUCAGCAACCCACUGGGUUGACCACUGGUUCUAUCCAUGAUGGCGGAUGUGCUUGUGUUGAAGACACUUUCCCGUUCUUUUCAGAAUGGAGGUUGUUGGAUCUCAGCCACACAUUACACUGUGUCUAGCAUUCUUUGCAAUAAAUACUUUUUCUAAAAAAAUUGGGCACCUGGCUGGCUCAGUUGGUAGAGUGUGCAGCUGUAUCUCGGGGCCGUGAGUUCGAGCCCCAUGUUGGGCCUAGAGCUUACUUUAAAAAAAAAUAAAAUAUAUAAGAAUCUAA